CCUCCCGCGCUCCCGCCUCGCCCCCGCCCUCGGCGCCUCGUCCCGCGCCCGCGCGCCCGCGCUCCGGCCAGCGUUCUCUCGGGGCCGGCCCGGGCCCGCCGCCCGCUCCCCCGGCCCCGAGCUCCCCAACCGUCGCGCUCUCGCCCUCGGCUCGCGGCCCGCCGCCUGCUUCCGGGGCGGGCGGACUGGGCGCCUGGUGCCGGCGGCCGCAGCGACAGCGCCCCCGGGAAGCGGAGGAGGAAGGAGAGAAGGGGUGGAGGUGGCCGCAGGCUGAGUCGCGGCCGGGAUGUCCGGGCAGCCGCCGCCGCCGCCACAACAACAACAGCAGCAGCAGCAGCUGCCGCCACCGCCGGCGGCCGUGGCCCCGGUGUCCGGAGUCGUCCUGCCGGCGCCCGCGGCCAUCAGCGCCGGCUCCCCUUCGGCCGGCUCUCCCGGCGGCGGCGGCGGCGGCGGCGGCUUGGGGGCCGCGGCGGCCGCCCUGCUCCUCCACCCGCCGCCGCCGCCGCCGCCACCGCCGCCGCCUCCGGCCACCGCGGCCCCGCCGCCGCCGCCGCCGCCGCCCCCGCCGCCCGCCUCGGCGGCCGCCCCCGCCAGCGCGCCCCCCGCGCCCCCGGGCCUCGCCGCGGGCCCCGGCCCGGCCGGAGGCGCCCCGGCCCCGGCCCUGGCGGCGGGCAGCAGCAGCGCCGCGGCGCCCUUCCCGCACGGGGACUCGGCCCUGAACGAGCAGGAGAAGGAGCUGCAGCGGCGGCUGAGGCGCCUCUACCCGGCCGUGGACGAGCAGGAGACGCCGCUGCCUCGGUCCUGGAGCCCGAAGGACAAGUUCAGCUACAUCGGCCUGUCUCAGAACAACCUGCGGGUGCACUACAAAGGUCAUGGCAAAACCCCAAAAGAUGCAGCUUCAGUGCGUGCCACGCAUCCAAUACCAGCAGCCUGUGGGAUUUAUUAUUUUGAAGUAAAAAUCGUCAGUAAGGGAAGAGAUGGUUACAUGGGAAUUGGUCUUUCUGCUCAAGGUGUGAACAUGAAUAGACUACCAGGCUGGGAUAAACAUUCAUAUGGUUAUCAUGGUGAUGAUGGACAUUCAUUUUGUUCUUCUGGAACGGGACAACCUUAUGGACCAACUUUUACGACUGGUGAUGUCAUUGGCUGUUGUGUUAACCUUAUCAACAAUACCUGCUUCUACACCAAGAAUGGACAUAGUUUAGGUAUUGCUUUCACCGACUUACCGCCAAAUUUAUAUCCUACUGUGGGGCUCCAGACACCAGGAGAAGUCGUCGAUGCUAAUUUUGGGCAGCAUCCUUUCGUGUUUGAUAUAGAAGAUUACAUGCGAGAGUGGAGAACCAAAAUACAGGCGCAGAUAGACCGGUUUCCUAUCGGGGAUCGGGAAGGAGAGUGGCAGACCAUGAUACAAAAAAUGGUUUCAUCUUAUUUAGUCCACCAUGGGUACUGUGCCACAGCAGAGGCCUUUGCCAGAUCUACAGACCAGACCGUUCUAGAAGAAUUAGCUUCCAUUAAGAAUAGACAAAGAAUUCAGAAAUUGGUGUUAGCAGGAAGAAUGGGAGAAGCCAUUGAAACAACACAACAGUUAUACCCAAGUUUACUUGAAAGAAAUCCCAAUCUCCUUUUCACAUUAAAAGUGCGUCAGUUUAUAGAAAUGGUAAAUGGUACAGAUAGUGAAGUACGAUGUUUGGGAGGCCGAAGUCCAAAAUCUCAAGACAGUUAUCCUGUUAGUCCUCGACCUUUUAGUAGUCCAAGUAUGAGCCCCAGCCACGGAAUGAAUAUCCACAAUUUAGCCUCAGGCAAAGGAAGUACUGCACAUUUUUCUGGUUUUGAAAGUUGUAGUAAUGGUGUAAUAUCGAAUAAAGCACAUCAGUCAUAUUGCCAUAGUAAACACCAGUCAUCCAAUUUGAAUGUACCAGAGCUGAACAGUAUAAACAUGUCACGAUCACAGCAAGUUAAUAACUUCCCCAGUAAUGAUGUAGACAUGGAAACAGAUCACUACUCCAAUGGAGUUGGAGAAACUUCAUCCAAUGGUUUCCUAAACGGUAGCUCUAAACAUGACCACGAAAUGGAAGAUUGUGACACCGAAAUGGAAGUUGACUCAAGCCAGUUAAGACGCCAGCUGUGUGGAGGGAGCCAAGCUGCCAUAGAAAGGAUGAUUCACUUUGGAAGAGAGCUGCAAGCAAUGAGCGAGCAGCUGAGGAGAGAGUGUGGCAAGAACACAGCAAAUAAAAAAAUGUUGAAGGAUGCAUUCAGUUUACUAGCCUAUUCAGAUCCUUGGAACAGCCCAGUUGGAAAUCAACUUGACCCAAUUCAGAGAGAACCUGUAUGCUCAGCUCUUAACAGUGCAAUAUUAGAAACCCACAAUCUGCCAAAGCAACCUCCACUUGCCCUAGCCAUGGGACAGGCCACACAGUGUCUAGGACUGAUGGCUCGAUCAGGAAUUGGAUCCUGUGCUUUUGCCACAGUGGAAGACUACCUACAUUAGCUAUGCAUUUACGGAGCUCACACUUAUAUCGUGGCAUAUAGAAAACAUGGAAGUAGACCAGCUCUGCUGAUUUGAAAUUUAGAUUUUUUUAAUUAUGUACUGGGGACAGGUUUUUGUCGCUUUACAUUGCUUCCUAGUUUACAGCAUGAUGCAAAUGAUUUUCUAACUUAGUGUUAGGAGAAAUUAUUUUCCAUCUUUAACCUCUUAGUUGUCUAAGAGUUAAAUAGUACUGAAUUUCAGACACUCAGAUUGAUCAUCACAAAUCCUUUAAAACAAUUACCUAAAAGAAACCAAAAACUCCUGCCUUCUUUGUUGGGGGGAGAGGGGGGAAGGAAAUGGAACACGUUGUGUUUGUGUUAGCAUGUGGGUGAUGUAAACUUCAAACUGGGAGGUGUUCUGACCCCCGCUCCCAUAUAAGCAUUCAAUCAGUGUAACUUGCAAAAUGCAUAAACAUCGGACAGUUUGAAUUUAUAGUGUUGAUGGAAGAAGUCAUUUUUAAUGUGUACUGUAAAACUUGAAAUACUCAGGAGCUGAGUGAAUAUGUUUGUUGCUACUUACAAUCCUGACCUGUUAGUCCCAGUAGUUUUGUUUUAACAUGGUCUUUUUCCACUUUGUCCUGUUUAACUACAGAUGACUUCUGUUGUAGACUCACAAAUUUAACUGUUGUAUUAUAACAGUAUUACAUGUCAACAGUGUGGUUAUGACCUUUAUUUAUAUAAAAACCAAAUAUUUAGUCAAUUUACCGUGUCUUAAUUUAAUCUUUGUACACCUUCCAUUUUUAAGUGCUUAAAUGAGUACUAUAUUGCAAUAAAAAUGUAGUGAUAUAAUUAACCAGCCAUUAAAAAUUUACUUCUACAGAUACUAGAGUGUCAAUUGAGUUUAUAUAUUAGGUACUUGCAUACUUCUUAUGAUUAAAGUUAGAUUUACAGUAGCAACCAUUCAUUUUAGUUGUUCUGUAGCCUAAGACUGCCUUG